GAACGUCUUCGGUGACGUAUUUUCGGUUAUUUUCCAUGAAAUCUCAUUGGGUUACAUUAGUCUGUUCCUCAUUUCCAGCACCGCCCUCAUCAAACAUGUCAACGAGCAACCACAUCGGUCCAGGUUUUCGUGGCGACGGCAUCUUUAAUUGCCCCGAGAGGCUCAAAGUCCAUCAAUUUUUCAAGGAUAAUACUCAAAACAUCGCUGAAUGGACAGUUGAAAAGUUUAUGCAACAAUAUCCACACCGGGUCGAUGAAUUCCUGGGCGGACUGAGAGCGAUUUCCGAUUACAAAGCCGUUUCGCAAAUAAUACGCAGCUUUUGCGUGACUCAGCUACGGUAUCUAGACAGCGAGUUCGAUAAACCGAGAAUACGCCUUAUGCGGGCAAAGAUUCAGGCGACAUCCAAUAACGGCGUGAUCAAGGAGAACACGUAUGUGUCAUUUCAGCACCGUGCCAUAGCCCAGCAGGAGAACGAUAUGCGGUCAAUGGCUCCGUCGCCUCCAUGUGGCAGCGGAACGGAUACACGAGAGAUGACUUCUCUAGAGCGGGAAGUAGCAGUGGGUGACCAAUACCUCCAGACAGAAUGGCAUAGCGAAAAUGCAUCUCUGGGUACGUAUGCAACUUGUCGUUGAUGAUGAG